CGUUCACGACAGAGCUGAGCGCGCAACCCUGGCCUCUUCGCUAGUGUAAACCCGGUAUUCGCUUCUUCUGUCAUCUCCUGCAAUGGACCUUUUCUUCAGGAGUCCUUUCUUUUCCAGAAACUGAGUCCCGGCGUCAUGUUGUGUGUCGACCUGCAGAGUCGCCGCUGACAGACACCGGACCUGAGCUCUGAACAUCGGAGGAGCCGCCGCAGCAGCAGCCGCCGCCAUGGCUGAGCAAACCUAUUCGUGGGCUUAUUCUCUGGUGGAUUCCAGUCAAGUCUCCACGUUCCUGAUUUCAAUCCUUCUCAUAGUCUAUGGCAGUUUCAGGUCUCUCAACAUGGACUUUGAAAAUCAAGACAAAGAGAAGGACGGUAGUGGCUCUCCUGGAACAUUUAGUGGGAACAGCACCAAUAAUAGUAUCCAGACCAUUGACUCGACUCAGGCUUUGUUCCUCCCUAUUGGAGCUUCUGUGUCACUGUUGGUCAUGUUUUUCUUCUUUGACUCUGUACAGGUUGUUUUUACUAUUUGCACUGCAGUUCUUGCGACGAUAGCGUUUGCAUUCCUCUUACUUCCCAUGUGCCAGUAUUUAACCAGGCCCUGCUCUACUCAGAACAAAAUCUCGUUUGGAUGCUGCGGCCGCUUCACUGUUGCGGAGCUGCUUUCAUUUUCUCUUUCUGUGCUGCUUGUCCUUAUUUGGGUGCUCACGGGUCACUGGCUGCUCAUGGACGCCCUGGCCAUGGGACUAUGUGUCGCCAUGAUUGCCUUUGUUCGUCUGCCCAGUCUGAAGGUGUCCUGUUUGCUGCUUUCUGGGCUGCUUAUAUAUGAUGUAUUCUGGGUUUUCUUUUCUGCCUACAUAUUUAAUAGCAAUGUGAUGGUAAAAGUGGCCACCCAGCCUGCAGAUAAUCCUCUGGAUGUGUUAUCUAGGAAGCUUCACCUGGGACCCAAUGUUGGAAGAGAUGUCCCUCGGCUAUCCCUACCAGGGAAAUUAGUUUUCCCAAGUUCCACAGGCAGUCACUUCUCCAUGUUGGGAAUUGGGGACAUUGUGAUGCCUGGACUUCUCCUGUGUUUUGUGCUGCGCUAUGAUAAUUACAAAAAGCAGGCAACCGCCGAUCCAUGCGGUGCCCCCGGGACUGCCAAUAUCUCUGGCCGUAUGCAAAGGGUUUCGUAUUUCCACUGUACGCUCAUUGGGUACUUUGUGGGACUGUUAACUGCAACAGUGGCUUCACGUAUUCACCGAGCUGCUCAGCCUGCAUUGCUCUAUUUGGUCCCAUUUACUUUAUUACCGCUCCUAACUAUGGCUUAUCUAAAGGGUGACCUUCGUCGGAUGUGGUCGGAGCCGUUCCAUGCCAAGGCCACCAGCACUCGCUUCCUCGAGGUAUGAUGGGAGCAGAGGACACUCGAGGCCAAACCUAGCAGAAUUUGUUAACCCUUUGGCUUUAUCACCUCUGCAAGACUCUAUACAUACUCGACACAGCUAGAGCUGACGGACCUUGGAUGAAUGGAUUUUGUGAAAAAUAACAAAAGUUUAAAAAAAAAAAAAAAGACAUUCAUGGAAAAGGGUUUUGUGGCUUCUUCUUCUUCUUUGUGUGUCUUCACUGUAAGGUCAUAGGACGACUAUCCUUACACAUGCUCUCAACAGCGGGUUUUGGACUCAAUGUGGAGCUCAAACUAACAAAUAAACCAGGAGCUAGAAGAAUGAUUUUUAGGGUGUUAACUCCAUAAACUUUUGAAGUCUGGCCCAUUAACAGCUCUAUGUAGCAUGUGACAUUAAAGGCCUUUCUGCUAUGGACUAUUUGAAAUCCCUUGCAGCCUUUGGGACCAGACCUAGUGAGGAGCAACAGUGCCCUCUUACCAGCUAUCCAUUCUCUUCUUUUUUUUUUUUUGUUUAAUAUCUUAUGUGGUGUGAAGUGACUUUUUAGAUCUCAGCCAGUGUGAGAUACAAACAUAGUCUGAUGUAUUUAAUUCCAUUUCACCCCACUUCACUUUGCAGAAGGUGAGACUGCAUUACAUAUUUUCUAUAAAUAUAAAUACUUGCAGAAGAGGCCAGUUAAGGUCAGGCCUGCUGUGGUCUGUCGCAUGUCCUGCAAUUUCAUCUUUGGCUUUAUAUGACUAAUCCAUCCAUGCAAAAGUGAAGCCUCAGUUCCAAUCCAGUGUAUCGUGUGCUCGUUCUGAUGUAUUCAUGGGCUGUUUAGUGACUGUAUUUGGUUCUGAUCAAUGUAGUGACCUAGGGCAGAUGAAAUGUCCCAAACCCUUUGUCUCUUCAUCCUUGCGCAGCAGUUUUAGCAGUUCCCUUCGGACUUUUGCAUGUCUGACUUGCUGCGCUCAUCGCUCCCUCCAUCAUAAAUAAUGUUAUCUUCCUGUAAAUACAUUUUUUCUUUUUCUA